AUAUUUUCGUAUGUUUUUAAUUAAUCAUUUUAGCCUUGUACAGAUUUCUACAUUGGUUUUUAACUGCUGGGAGGUUCUGUAACCACCGUUUACUGGAAAUGCCGCUUUAUCCUCUAUUAAGGUUAAGAUAAUGUACAAUUCCUUUCAAGAAUAAAUCAUAAAAAAUGGAUGUUAGAAAUUUAGGUGGAUUCAGAAUAUGUUCUAAGCUUAGUAUAGGGGAUAAAGCUGGUUUGAGGAAGUGUUUUAUUUUUAUUAACGAACGAUGGUCCAAAAUAAAAGCUGUGCAGGAUCAUAUCAAAAAUAUUUUCAAUAUUGAAGAAGAAAUCAACAUUUAUAUCGGGGACGUAUUAUUGCCUGAAAAUGAAACAAUAAAGUUAAUUCAACCUAAUGAUAUUUUAAUAAUAAGGACCAUAGAGGGAAAAAAAGAUGAUAAGGGCUCUAAAAAACAUAAAUUUUGUUCCAAUGAUGAUGAUUGGUUUGCCAAAUCAGAAAAAAGUCCACCAAACAUGAAAACAUCUAAAUUUGCUCCAGUUUCAAUAAGUGUGGAUCCUUCUGAAAAAUUAUUGUCAGACUGUUUAGAAGAAUUACGUUUUAAGAAAGAGGAGAUCGUUAAAAAUUGUGUUCAAGAUAAUGAUUCUGCCUCAACAGUGAAUGAUAGUAAUGAAGUGGAACAGUCAUUUGGGAUUCCUGUUAAGAAACGUAAAAGAAAGCAUAAAAAGAAAUCAAAACUACUGGAACCCUCUAUAUUUCAAGAAACGAAUACAAAUAAAAGUGAUUUAAUCACUUUUGAUUCUUUAGAUUCUUCAAGCAAACACAUUCACUUCUCAGAUGAGGAUAACAAAGAAGAAAUGUAUGCUCAUUCAUCACCAAAAGUGAAUGGAAACCCAGUUGAUGAAUUUCGUUCUUCACUACGCAAUCUUGCCAACAAACCAGCAUCUCAAAAAAUAUUUUCUAGGAAAUCAGAAACUGCAGUAACUACUGUUCCAGAAUCAGAAGAUUUUGGAACCACUACAAUAGAACCGACUCCUGUUAACACUGAUGAAAAUAAGCCUGAACUAAUUGAUUCUGCCACAUUUGUACCAAAAGUUGGGGAUUUGAUUUCAUUUAAAAAAAUCAAACUGGGGAACGAUUAUACACCACAGCAAUCCAAUGAAAUUAUUGGGGAGGUGUUGACUGUUGAAGAGACUGCUGGGUCAUAUUUCGUCGUUUUUACUAUCAAAGAGGGUGCUGAGGAAUUUGAAGAUCCUUCUGGUAAAUUUUCUAUAGAAGUUGAUGAGAACAAACUUGAAGGUGAUAAAAUCCAUGUAGCCGAAAUGAAAUGGAAUGAUGUUAUAGAACCAUGUCUUAAAAGGAGAGUAUAAUUUUAGAAAAUAUAAUCAUUUAUUUUAUUUUCUGGAAUAAUAUUUUUUACCAGAUUACACUAUCUACUAUGUUACCAGUUUUUAAUGAAGUAGAAGAUAAUUUUCCUAAAGUUAUAUUGUUUCCUCUGUAAUGGCUGAGUAAUUAAGUCAUUUAUUUGUGAUAUUUAGGCUUAAUUUUUUGAUAUUUUAUACAUUAGGUAAAAAUGUUUUUCCAUAAAUAUUGAUCUUUUGUAAAUAUAAGUGACUUUUAUAUCCUCUAAAGUUGAAGAUCUUUUUUCUUAUUGAAUUAUUAUCUUUAUUUAUUUAUACUUAAGGAUUAUAAUUUGUAAUUCCCCUAUAGAAUCCUUGUCAUUACAAAUUACAUUCCUGUGCCACUGUUUAAAAAUCUACUGAUAGUUAUAUAUUUGUAUGUUUUCAUUGUAUUCUUAAUGACACAGACAGUAACUGUUGUUUAUCAUUAUAGAAUGCUCUAAUUUGGCAAGUUUUACUAAAUGUGGUGGGUGUUUAGCUUUGUUUUCAAGGUAUUUUAAAUUUAGUAGAAACUAUUCUCAAUGUGUUGUAGAAAAUAUAUUCAUCCAAGACAUUAUAAUAGAAAGUCAUGAUUGGUUGUUAUUCUUAAUAAAAGUGUUAAAUGUUA